AUGUCGAAAGCAAUCUUUCUCGGCAAAGCUGAAGGCAAGCCAGGGCAGGUCUACUAUCCGCUCUCCCUGCAGACCUUACCCCAACCCUCCCCGCAGGGCACCGAGCUGUUGGUGAAAUUGUCCGCAGCAGCCCUCAAUCAUCGCGAUGUAUUUCUGCGGCAGCAUCUAUACCCGGGUCUGACCUUUGAUGUACCCAUGGGUGCUGAUGGAGUUGGAACUGUCGUGGGCGCAGGUUCCGGUGUCACAAACCCAGGUCGAUGGCAAGGAAAGCGAGUCAUUCUGAAUCCAGGAACCGGCUGGAAGGAUUCUCUUGAGGGACCUGAGGACCCGAUGGGCUAUAAAAUCAUGGGAGGAACGAAGCUUUACAAUAAAGGGACAUUGCAGGACUAUAUCACGAUUGAAGAGUCGGAGGUUGAAGAGGCCCCCGAGCACCUAUCAGAUGCCGAAGCAGCCGCCCUGCCUCUUGCAGGCUUGACAGGAUGGAGAGCUCUAGUCGUUAAAGCGGGGGAGCACAACACUGGCAAGGGUUCUGCGGUUUUAAUCACAGGUAUCGGCGGAGGUGUCGCGCUGUUUGCCCUGCUCUUUGCUGUUGCGCGAGGUGCAGAUGUAUACGUGACGAGCUCAAGCGAGGAUAAAAUUCGAAAAUCCAUCGAACUCGGUGCAAAGGGAGGCGCAAAUUACAAGGAGAGUGGGUGGGAAAAGAAGUUGCUAGGCUUACUCCCCAAGGGAAAGAAGAACUUCGAUGCGGUUAUUGAUGGAGCGGGCGGCGACUCCGUUGAGAAGUCGGUGCGAUUGCUGAAGGCUGGUGGUGUCCUCUCUAUCUAUGGAAUGACGGUUUCCCCCAAGAUGCCAUUUGUGAUGCCCGCGGUUCUGAAGAACAUCGACGUACGCGGUUCUACAAUGGGAUCCCGGAAAGAGUUCAAGGAUAUGGUCAACUUUGUCAGCACACACAAAGUCCACCCUAUUGUAUCACGCGUUGUUCAGACUGAGCUAAGCGAUGUUGCGGCCCUCGAUGGACUAUUCCAGGACAUGAAGGAUAGCAAGCAGUUUGGAAAGCUGGUCAUAGAAUUCGGAAAGUCUUCCGGAACCUUCUCCUUUGGGUUUAUCGCCAUGAGUACCGACAUUGUGCAGAGGUACGGUCCCGGAUUGUCCUUCUAUCGCUCGCAGAUCAAGCCGAGUCGACCAAAGAUAAGGCCAGAAGAUGCUGCCCUCAAGGAGUAUUGUGCGGUUUUGAGGGAGUUAACGAUCACGAAUAAACUGCUCGAAAGCAAAGUGAAACAACUUUGUUCGGAGAGUGUUCGACUCAACCUUGAUAUAUCGGUGGUCAAGCAGUAUAUGAGUGCUUUCCACACCGAACUUCUUGUGACAUGGCAGGCAGACACCCUCACCCGACUAGUUGAAGUUAUUUACGAGAGACACGGUUGGAGAAUGCCAGGGGAAAUCCUCGUCGGUGACCACGAUAGCCUGGAUCGAUAUACGCUUUCGAAGGUAUACGUGAUGGCAGCAAGGAAAAUCAAGAAGGAGACUGUCACAAAAAAGGCAGUUGGCCUCUCAGAGCCGUACUAUCUUGCUCUGCAGCGGUUCGACAAAGUAGGAACAGACGAAUGGUUUCGUGAGAUACUCUCCACGACGGUGGCUCGAGCGAAUGUGCGGUCACCGGACUAUUCCUAA